UUGUUUGCCCAACCGUUGCGUUCCGGAGGGAUUUUCCUGCUCCAUGGCAGAGCAACGAGCAGAUUCCCAGUGUGGAUGGAGCGAGUGUGCCGUGGUGGCACGGGAGGGCAGGGCUGCACCCCAGUGUGUGUGCCAGGGAUGGGGGCCCCCUGGGACCUGCUCCCAGCCCCUGCUGGAGCCGGAGAGCACCAGGGCUGUCUGCCUGCCAGACGGCCCCGCUGCUGGGGAGCAGCACAGCCGGUGCCGACAUCUGUGCUUCCAGCCCAGCCUGUCUCCGCUUCGCUCCUCGGCACGGUGCUGGUGGCAGCCUGGUUGGGGCACUCAGGUCCCUCCGUGCCUCCGUGUGGCUUUCCCCUGCCACCAAAACCCUUCAAUGAGCCGGCAUCGCCAGUGUGUUCUGGGAGGGGAAACUGAGGCAGCAGAGAGGGACGUGGCAGAACUCCCCCUUAAUCCUCACCGUCCUCAGGCUCGGUCCCACGCCUCGCCCCGGGUUGUUUUGUCUUGCCGAGCGCGCACCUUGUGAUGCCAAGAGCCAGGGGGAGGCGAGGGCGUCCUGGGACGUGGCCUGGGGCAGCGCUGGCACCGGCUCCCAGCCGUGUGCCUGGGGCUUUGGGGCUGCCUGGCUCCUCCUGCAGCUGCCUCCCUGGCCCCGGGCUGCGAGAGGGGCUGGCAGCGGGGCUGUGGUGGCGUGGUGGUGGCCUUGGUGGUGGCUUGGUGGUGGCUUAGUUGUGGCUGUGGUGGUGCCUGGUGGUGGCCAGAAGCUGCCCCGGUGCUGUGCAGCCCGGCACCACGUGGCCGUGCUGGGUCCAGCUGCUCCAACUGCUGCUCCAGCUCCAUGUGGCCAACCUGUGGCGUGUCCCUGUGUCCCCUCGGUGCCUCCUGAGGAUGCAAAUGGAUUCACUGAGGUUUAGGAGCCCCCCCCCAUCUCCUUGGGGACAUCCCGGCCCUCACAUCCCAGCCUGCCACCGGCCUUUGAUGUGCAGCAGCUCCAGACAGGCUGGCAGGACGAGCAACCAACCCGCCGAUGUGCCUGACACCCCACACCCUGCCCUGCUGCCGGCGCUGCUAAUUACCCCGCCGGGCAGACCUUGGUGCCCCCAGGACACCCCGUGUGGAGGAGCCAGCGGCCGGGCCAUGAGGACAGCAUCCCCCUGAGCGCCGGGCGGUGAGCCCGCAGGGACAGCCCUGCAGGAUGCCGAGGCUACGGGGCGGGUGCUGACACCAUGAAGGGCUACCAUGGGGAGCGUAGCCAGGCACAGCACUCCUCCGGCCACCGCUGCCGCUGCAUCCCAGAGGACUGCGAGCAUCCCGCGGACUACGUCGCGCACGGCCCCGAGGGCCGGCAGCCGUACCUCCUCAGCCCCAGCGAGCCGUGUUCCCUGGAGCAUCCCUUCUGCCCGGCGCGGAGCCCCGGCGCGGCCGGCGAGUGCCCGGGCGGGCCCCUGAGCGAGCCGCCCUCCGGCAGCGCCAGCAGCACCUUCCCGAGGAUGCACCACGCGCAGCAGCAGCCCUACGACUCCUGCGACGAAUGCAUGGCGACCGCCCACCCCGCCAGCAAGAUCAACCGCCUGCCGCCGACGCUGCUGGACCAGUUCGAGAAGCAGCUGCCGCUGCACCACGACGGCUUCCACACGCUGCAGUACCCGCGGGCCGGCGGCGCCGAGCCGCGCAGCGAGAGCCCCAGCCGCAUCCGCCACCUCGUCCACUCCGUCCAGAAGCUCUUCGCCAAGUCGCACUCCCUGGAGGCGCCGGCCAAGCGGGACUACAACGGCACCAAGAUGGACGGCCGCGGGGACGGCUACCACCACCACCACCACCACCACCACCACCACCACCACCAGUCCCGCCACGGCAAGCGCAGCAAGAGCAAGGACCGCAAGGUGGACUCCCGGCACCGGUCCAAGAUGAUGGGCUGGUGGAGCUCCGACGACAACCUGGACAGCGACAGCAGCUACAUGGUGUCCGGCCGGCACGCCGUGGACCAGGGCACCCAGUACUGCGUGGACGCUCCCGAAAGUGCCUUCAGAGACUUGACCUUGAAGAGUCUAAAGAGCGGUGGGGAAGGAAAAUGCCUGGCCUGCGCCGGCAUGUCCAUGUCUCUGGACGGCCAGACGCUCAAGAGGAGUGCCUGGCACACCAUGACUGUCAGCCAAGCCCGCGAAGCCUACCCCAGCGCCGGCGGCACAGAGAAAACCUUGAUGCUUCAGGAGGCAAAGGCCAAAGACAGAGCCUACCAGUACCUGCAGGUGCCGCAGGAUGAGUGGAGCGGGUACCCGGCGGUGGGCAAGGAUGGGGAGAUCCCCUGCCGGCGGAUGCGCAGCGGCAGCUACAUCAAGGCCAUGGGCGACGAGGACAGCGCCGACUCAGACGCCAGCGCCAAAAUAUCGCCCCGGGCAGCCACGCGGCGGGACAGCUACCGCCGCUCCUCCAGCGCCGACCAGGCCAGGAGCAAGUUUGCAAGUAGGCACUAUUCUGAUUCAUAUAUCUGUAACUGUCCCAGCUGCGGCACGCCACCUCGAAUGCUCCCUCGGGGACAGGGCUAUGGGCGCUCCUUCACCACCGGCCAGAUCAACGACGAGCUCAACCACCAGUUCGAGGCUGUGUGCGAGUCCGUUUUCGGCGAGGUGGAGUCGCAGGCAGUGGAGGCGCUGGAUCUGCCCGGCUGCUUCCGCAUGCGGAGCCACAGCUACCUGCGGGCCAUCCAGGCGGGCUGCUCCCAGGACGACGACUGCCUCUCGCUCUUCUCCAUGUCGGCCCCCCCCGGGCCACCCAUCACCAGCAGCAUCCUGAAGCCCAGCACCUCUUUCAGUUACAGAAAAGCUCCACCUCCCAUCCCUCCAGGAACCAAAGCCAAGCCCCUCAUCUCCGUCACGGCGCAGAGCAGCACCGAGUCUGCCCACGAGAGCUACCUGCCCGGCGAGGUCGCCCGCAGCCCCGCCUGGUCCAAAGACGCCGCGGCCCGCUGCAACUCGGCCGAGAGCCUGGAGAGCUCCAAGGUGACGGCCGCGUCCCUCGACCUGCCGCCCGUCCAGCCCCGCGCCGCCCCCAAGCCCUCCACGCUCAUCAUCAAGGCCAUCCCCGGCCGGGAGGAGCUGCAGAGCUUGGCUCGGCAGAGGAAAUGGCGUCCCUCCAUCGGCGUCCAGGUUGAGGCCAUCUCCGACUCGGACACGGAGAGCCGGAGCCAGAGGGAGUUCCACUCCAUCGGGGUGCAGGUGGAGGAAGACAAAAGGCGAGCUCGCUUCAAGCGCUCCAACAGCGUGACGGCGGGCGUGCAGGCGGACCUGGAGCUGGAGGGCUUCGCCGGCCUGGCCGUGGCCACCGAGGACAAAGCCCUGCAGUUCGGGCGCCCCUUCCAGCGGCACUCCUCGGAGCCCGAGUCCGGCCGGCAGUAUGCAGUGUACAAGACGGUGCACACGCAAGGCCAGUGGGCGUACCGGGAGGACUACCAGAUGCAGUACGACACGGUGGAGGUGCCCCGCCGCGACGCCUGGGUGGAGCGGGGCUCCCGUAGCCUCCCCGACUCCGGCCGUGCCUCCCCGUGCCACCGCGACGGCGAGUGGUUCAUCAAACUGCUGCAGGCGGAGGUGGAGAAGAUGGAGGGCUGGUGCCAGCAGAUGGAGCGGGAGGCCGAGGACUACGACCUGCCGGAGGAGAUCCUGGAGAAGAUCCGGAGCGCCGUGGGCAGCGCCCAGCUCCUCAUGUCCCAGAAGGUGCAGCAGUUUUACCGACUCUGCCAGCAGAACAUGGAUCCCAAUGCCUUCCCAGUGCCCACCUUCCAAGACCUGGCUGGCUUCUGGGACCUGCUGCAGCUCUCCAUCGAGGACGUCAGCAUGAAGUUCGCGGAGCUCCAGCAGCUCAAGGCCAACGGGUGGAAGAUCAUCGAGCCCAAGGAGGAGAAGAAGGUGCCUCCCCCGAUACCAAAGAAGCCGCCGCGCUCCAAGGUGCACCCGGUGAAGGAGCGCUCCCUGGACUCGGUGGACCGGCAGCGGCAGGAGGCUCGCAAGCGGCUCCUGGCAGCCAAGCGCGCCGCCUCCUUCCGCCAGAACUCGGCCACCGAGAGCGCAGACAGCAUCGAGAUCUACAUCCCCGAGGCGCAGACCCGGCUGUGACGGGGGGGGGCCUCGGCUUUUCUACCCGGACUGGACGGCGCGUCCAUCGCUCACUGUGAUCGGGGGCCGCGGGGACACCCUGGGGGCAGCGCUUGGCCCACUCACAGCUUCUCUCUUUUUCUAUCGUAGACGUUUCAUGGAUCCGACGGUGAAUGAACACCAACCCGGUUCUGCCCCGUCCCGUCGCCCCCCCGCCCGCAUGCCCCUGCCCGCCUCUGCCAGGGUCCAGGGCUCUUCCUUCCCCCUGCCCUCUUUGGGGCCGUGUCUCAGAUCUUCUGUCCCUUGGCCCCCCUCGGUCCCUGUCCCGUCCGAAGGAGAGGUGACCCCAGCCACCAGCCCUGCUGGGUGGGAGGGGAGGGGGCUGCAGGCAGGCCCCCCCCCCGCCUCUCUGUAACUCAGUGCAAUCCCGCGGCCAUGGGGACGGGCGCCCCCUGAGCCCCCCAGUCCCGUGCCCAGCCGGAGCCCCGCUCCACUCCCCGCCUCCUGCCCCGGUGCGUGGGGAACCCAGGGGUCCCUGACCUAUACACAUAUAUAAAUAUAACCUAAGGAAUAAAACAGAAACUACACACGA